AGUGACGCUGCGGCCGCCUCCUGCCUAGGUCCGAACUCGCUCCCGGGCGGGGGUGCGGUCGUGCAAUAGGAAGCUGAGCGCGUUGCAAGCUUCCCGUCGGGCACCAGCAACCCAGCCCCGCUCCUUGCCUGGUGCAUUCCCCGGACGCCUCCGGAGUCCCCACCUGAGGCCCCUGAAGCCCCUUUCUCUCGCCAGCCAUGCCUCUAAGCCGUACUUUGUCCAUGUCCUCCCUGCCAGGACUGGAGGAUUGGGAGGAUGAGUUCGACCUGGAGAACACUGUGCUCUUCGAGGUGGCCUGGGAGGUGGCCAACAAGGUGGGCGGCAUCUACACGGUGCUGCAGACGAAGGCCAAGGUGACAGGAGAUGAGUGGGGCGACAACUACUACCUGGUGGGACCGUACACGGAGCAGGGCGUGAGGACCCAGGUGGAACUGCUUGAGGCCCCCACCCCGGCCCUGAAGAGGACGCUGGACUCCAUGAACAGCAAGGGCUGCAAGGUGUAUUUUGGGCGAUGGCUGAUCGAGGGGGGCCCCCUGGUGGUGCUCCUGGAUGUGGGUGCCUCAGCCUGGGCCCUGGAGCGCUGGAAGGGAGAGCUCUGGGAUACCUGCAACAUCGGGGUGCCCUGGUACGACCGUGAGGCCAACGAUGCUGUCCUCUUCGGCUUCCUCACCACCUGGUUCCUGGGUGAGUUCCUGGCCCAGAGCGAGGAGAAGCCACAUGUGGUUGCACACUUCCACGAGUGGUUGGCGGGUGUUGGGCUCUGCCUGUGCCGUGCCCGGCGGCUGCCCGUGGCAACCAUCUUCACCACCCAUGCCACCCUGCUGGGGCGUUACCUGUGUGCUGGUGCCGUGGACUUCUACAACAACCUGGAGAAUUUCAACGUGGACAAGGAAGCAGGUGAGAGGCAAAUCUAUCACCGCUACUGCAUGGAGCGCGCGGCAGCCCACUGUGCUCACGUCUUCACUACUGUGUCCCAGAUCACCGCCAUCGAGGCACAGCACUUACUCAAGAGGAAACCAGAUAUUGUGACCCCCAAUGGACUGAAUAUUAAGAAGUUCUCUGCCAUGCAUGAGUUCCAGAACCUCCAUGCUCAGAGCAAGGCUCGAAUCCAGGAGUUUGUGCGGGGCCAUUUUUAUGGGCACCUGGACUUCAACUUGGAUAAGACCUUGUACUUCUUUAUCGCUGGCCGCUAUGAAUUCUCCAACAAGGGGGCCGAUGUCUUCCUGGAGGCGUUGGCCCGGCUCAACUAUCUGCUCAGAGUGAACGGCAGCGAGCAGACAGUGGUGGCCUUCUUCAUCAUGCCGGCUCGGACCAACAAUUUCAACGUGGAGACCCUCAAGGGCCAAGCCGUGCGCAAGCAGCUUUGGGACACAGCCAACACAGUGAAGGAAAAGUUCGGGAGGAAGCUUUAUGAAUCCCUACUGGUAGGCAGCCUCCCAGAUAUGAAUAAGAUGCUGGACAAGGAAGACUUCACUAUGAUGAAGAGAGCCAUUUUUGCCACACAGCGGCAGUCGUUCCCUCCUGUGUGCACCCACAACAUGCUGGACGACUCCUCCGACCCCAUCCUGACCACCAUCCGCCGAAUCGGUCUCUUCAAUAGCAGUGCCGACCGGGUGAAGGUGAUUUUCCACCCGGAGUUCCUCUCCUCCACAAGCCCCCUGCUCCCUGUGGACUAUGAGGAGUUUGUCCGUGGCUGCCACCUUGGGGUCUUCCCCUCCUACUAUGAGCCUUGGGGCUACACACCGGCUGAGUGCACAGUUAUGGGCAUCCCCAGUAUCUCCACCAACCUCUCCGGCUUCGGUUGCUUCAUGGAGGAGCACAUCGCAGACCCCUCCGCUUACGGCAUCUACAUUCUGGACCGGCGGUUCCGCAGCCUGGAUGAUUCCUGCUCGCAGCUCACCUCCUUCCUCUACAGCUUCUGCCAGCAGAGCCGGCGGCAGCGCAUCAUCCAACGGAAUCGCACCGAGCGCCUCUCCGACCUUCUGGACUGGAAAUACCUAGGCCGGUACUACAUGUCCGCCCGCCACAUGGCGCUGGCCAAGGCCUUUCCAGAUUACUUCACCUACGAGCCCAACCAGGCGGAUGCGACCCAGGGCUACCGCUACCCACGGCCGGCCUCGGUGCCACCGUCGCCCUCGCUGUCACGACACUCCAGCCCGCACGAGAGCGAGGAUGACGAGGAGCCCCGCAACGGGCUGCCGGAGGAAGAGCGCUACGAUGAGGAUGAGGAGGCUGCCAAGGACCGGCGCAACAUCCGCGCCCCCGAGUGGCCGCGCCGUGCCUCCUGUGCCUCUUCCAACAGCGGGAGCAAGCGCAACUCGGUGGACACUGCGCCCUCCAGCUCGCUCAGCACCCCCAGCGACCCCCUCAGCCCUGCCAGCUCCCUGGGCGAGGAGCGCAACUAAGUCCUCCGCCCCACACUCCUAGCCUUUCGUGCCUCCCGCCAGAGGGUGGGUACAGAAAGGCUGUUCCCAAGCUCCACUCCAGAUCCUGAGUGGAAGCCACACUCGGUGUCGCCCACGGCCCCACCCAGUCUGCCAUACACUCCAGCCCUCCAGCUCCGCUCUUGGAGUCCCCACACUCCAGAAUCCACAACGCUGUGCCUUUCUCUGGUCCAGAAUGUAUAUUCUGUGCCCUGGAGUCCCCCAGGCCUGGACUGCAUCCCGGAAGCCAGCAAUCUGCCAUUACUCUGCAGUGGUGCCUGAGGUUUUAGGAAACCUGGCCGGGUGCUUUCAGGCUAAGGCUCCUGCAGCCCUCUGUGGCUUGCAAAUUCUGCAGCAUAUAAAGCACUUAGUGCUCAGGCCUGGCCUGGGGGCCACCAGGUGCUACAAACCAUAUGGUGUCCCUGCCAAUGGGACAAUCAAGUGCAGAGCCAGGGCACUUUCAGGGCCUUAAGAUAACUGAAUGCAGACGGUCCUCCAUUUCAACUCCAUAACUUGGGCUCCAGGAUAGGCUCAUGGCAGCCCUCCCUGGCUUGUCUGGCUCUGCCUGACGGACCCCUCCACCCGUCCUCCUGCCGUGCCCCACAUUUUGGCCACACCAGGAGUGGCAGAACCACUUGGCUGCUCUUCCCUUCUGGAGAACAUGCAAGUCUUGGUGUAGACACCUUUCUGGCCUUUUCUGGACCAGACCCUCCUCCUCCUUCCCUGAGUCUGAGCUCUCCUCCAUAUCUUGAGAGACUCCUUCUGUGCCCUCCAGGAAAUCCUACUGGGGACAGAACUGGCUGUCCACCCCCACCCCUACUCUCCCCAACCGCCCAGCCCACUGUGAAACCACUAGGCUCUAGGUCUCGGCUACUGAACCUGGAACCUUACCACUUUGCUGCAUACUGGUCCCUUUCUCCUGAUCCCACUGGGUUCACGUGUACCUCGAGGCUCUUCCAUCGCCAAGCUGUGCUCUGCCCCCAGCUUCUGUGAAAGAGAGGGGCCCCCUCGUGUGUGCUGUGCUGUCUGGUGCACUGCUUGGUUUGCAGUUGGGAAGGGGAGGCCAGAAGGGGUGUGAUUGGAGUGUGUCCAGAGAUGAAAAAAAUACAUCUAUAUUUAAGAAUC